AUGGCCCGCGAUAAAGAACCGACGACAGCCAUCAUCGCUUUGUGCAUCAUUGCUGGAGUUUCGGCCCAGUACGACUACAACAGCCGCUAUGAAAUUGGAGUUCCGCAAAACUACUACGCCAACCAGCAGUACAAUGGUCAGUACACCAAUGGUCAGUACAACAAUGGUCAGUACAACUACGAUCAGUACAACAAUGGCCAGUACAACAAUGGACAGACUGGACCGACUAAGGCAAUCCCUGAUUCUCGCUGCCCACGUACCGAUGAUCCGAUGCGCCCGGUCCAUCUGCCAUAUGUCGGCCACUGCAACAAGUUCCUGAAGUGUACCGGAGGCAUGGGAUUCGUCAUGGACUGCCCGGCCGGACUGGACUUCAGUGCACGCAUGAACCGUUGCGACUACCCAGCAGUUGCUCAGUGCCGCAACUAA